AUGAAAUACAAGGAGUUGAAAAAGGUUAUCGACUCUAGAUAUACUGGACUAUACCCUCCAACAGCCCCUCAAAGGCCCAAAAGACAACACAGAUGGCGAUGGACAGGUCUGGAACCACUCACAGAUCCCAAGAAGCUGCCUCCACUGUGGAACUGCGCUGAGCCUGAUCUUGACGACAAUGAUAUUGAGGGCCAGAUCCAGAGGUGCCAUGAGAGAAUCGAGGAAAACAUAAUGCCUGAUAUAUUCCGCAAAAGACUAACUCGAUUUGAAGGACUGAAGCAAGAGAAAGAUGAUCUCAUGGCUUCGGAGCCAGGUCUUGAGUGGGAAGUUGUGCAGCGCGUGAAGGAGCUGAUCCAGAUCGGACAAGAGCUAGAGAAAGAUGGCGACCCAGAACAAGAAAUACCGAAUCUUCUGGCAAUUAUCGAUGCCUAUAGAACCAAGAAUUUGGAAUGGGAGUGGGGAAAGGUGACAUACUGGGUCCACGGAAAGCAGGUCAAUGAAGAGCCACGGGAAUUUUCGUGGGACGAUUUUGAGCGCAAAGCUCACACUGCUGGGGGCAAGGGGUUUUGGGUAGAAGGGGCUUGA